AUGGCCGACGCCAACAAGCGCAUCAACCUCGCAGCGCCGCUCAUCUCAGUCCGGCGCCACGGUGGCGACGGCAACGGGCCCACGGCCACGGGGUUGCCGGCGUACAGGGCUGACGCCACGUCGGGGCCCCUGGGCCACACCGGCGCAGGCGCCGUGCCGUUCGGGUGGGAGCACCGCCCCGGCCACCCCAAGAGCGUCCGCACCCGCCGGGCGCUGCCCUCGACGAUCGCCGACGCGCCCUCGCGCGUGGCGCGGAAACCGGCGGCGGUGACCGCGGCCUCCGAGCGCGCGCGGGAGGAGGAGCGGUUCUCGGACGCGCUCUCCCGCGACGACGUGAGCUGCGUCACCGUGAACUGCAGCGCGACAGGGCUCAGCGACGCCGCGUCCGUGGGGGCGGGGGCGCGAGCAGCGCCCGGCGCCCGCGGCAGCGUCAUGAUGGAUCGCUUCCUGCCGGCCGCGCACGCCGUGGCCGCCGGCUCCCCACAGAGCACCUUCCGGAAGGCCGGGUCCGCCCGGAACCCCACGGGAUCGCCGGCGGUGCCAAGCAGCGCGCGCACGGGCGGCGGCGGCGGCGGCGGGAGGUCGGCAGCGCAAAUGCGGCUGCCCUUCCAGCACAUCGCGGCGUGUCGCCUGCCGCCGCUCCCUCCCGAAGGCAAGAACGAGGACGGCGACGACGACGACGCCGGGUCCGACGCGCACAGCACGGCGGGCUUCGCGCCUAGGAGGUGCGGGCUGCUCCCCGGCCGGUGCUUGGAGAGCUCCAGGCUGCUCUCCCGCGGAGCGCGGCGAGGGGCAGGCAGACCGUUCCUGUCCAGCGGCGGCGGAAGCCGGAAAGCGGCGGAUCCGCUGCUGCGGCGGUCGCGGAACGGGCAGCAGCAACCGCAGCACACCGGAGACGAUCCCGGCAUGCAAUCAUGGGAGGAGGUGUACAUCAAAUCGCUGCUCCGAUCAGGCGGCGGCGGCGGCGGCCUGAUGGGACCGGCGGCCGCCGUGGUGUCGGAGCUGGACAGAACAGUGCGCGAGCUCUACAGGCACCGAGGAGGACAGGCCGUCAAGCCGAAGGCGAGCCAUCUGGGUCUGCUCCUGGUCCUCGACAGGUCAAACGAGGAUUGCGGCCGCGGGUACCACGGCUCGUCGACGCGGAAGCUCUCUAGAGCCGGCGAUGCCGCGCUGCUGCUGCCCGCCACCACCAGAAGCUCGCCGAACGCCGGGAAUAAGCUCGGGCGAGGCGUCGCCGGCGACGACGCCGGCAAGUACGGCUUCCCGCUACUCUUGGAAGACGCGGCGGCCGUCGCCGGCCGCGAGAUGGCGCUGUCGCCGCAGCCCCUGCUCUCGUUGCCGCUGCCCAAGUCGCCCUCGGAGUCGUGGCUGUCGCUCGCGCUGCCCUCCGUGUCAACGCGGCCGCCCCCGGCGGCGUCUUUCUUGGGGCUCCAUGUGCAGUCCAAGAAACAUGCUCCGCUGCCGUGGUGCUCCAUUGAUUCGGGCAAGGGCAUCGACCAUGACGGGCAACGGCAGAGACGCGUGCACGAUCUGCAGAAAUGAUGGAACCUACCCUGGCAUUAUGUUGUACGUCGACUUCGCGUGAUCGUCCCAACUGUCAACUAGCUGCUGCUGCCUGCUGGUGCUUAUCUAGGAAAUGCUGUAGCGAUGGCUUCUUAGUGAUCUCUAAUGGCGUGUAGCAUGCUUGUACCGACAAUGUUCUAUAUAUGCAAAACGAGGUAAGUUAAUAUCAAUGUAAAAUAUAGUAUGUUGCUCAUGCUGCGCAGUAAUAUAUUAUUAGCUUAUUAA